AUGGCCAGGAUCACCACCAUCGAGGCGGUGAAGUGCAAGAUCCAGGUUCUACAGCAACAGGCAGAUGAUGCUGAGGAGAGAGCUGAGCGCCUCCAGCGGGAAGUGGAAGGAGAAAGGCGGGCCCGGGAGCAGGCUGAGGCUGAGGUGGCCUCCUUGAACUGUCGGAUCCAACUGGUUGAAGAGGAGCUGGACCAUGCUCAGGAGCGCCUGGCCACUGCCGUGCAAAAAUUGGAGGAAGCGGAGAAAGCUGCUGAUGAGAGCGAGAGAGGUAUGAAGGUUAUUGAAAACCGGGGUUUAAAAGAUGAAGAAAAGAUGGAACUCCAGGAAAUCCAACUCAAAGAAGCUAAACACAUUGCAGAAGAGGCAGAUCGGAAGUACGAGGAGGUGGCUCCUAAGUUGGUGAUUAUUGAAGGGGACUUGGAACGUACUGAGGAACGAGCUGAGCUGGCAGAGUCCCAUUGCCAAGAGAUGGAUGAGCAGAUCAGACUGAUGGACCAGAACCUGAAGUGUCUGAGUGUUGCUGAAGAAAAGUACUCUCAAAAAGAAGACAAAUAUGAAGAAGAGAUAAAGAUUCUUACUGAUAAACUUAAGGAGGCAGAGACCCGUGCUGAGUUUGCUGAGAGAUCAGUAGCCAAGCUGGAAAAGACAAUUGAUGAUUUGGAAGAUAAACUGAAAUGCACCAAAGAGGAGCACUUCUGUACACAAAGAAUGCUGGACCAGACUCUGCUUGACCUGAAUGAGAUGUACAGCACCCCAGUCCCGCCCUGGCGCUGCUCCUCCCUUUCACCCCGACUCCUCCUGAGGCCGGCCUGCCCAAAGCUGACCUUUAAACUGAGGGCUGAUCUUUAA